AUGGUAUUCUGUUGUUUGUAUGAAGUGGUCGUAAGAAUGUCUAAAUCUGAGAAAGAGAUCAAACCAGUGAUGACUAACAAUAAUAUAGUGAUUCAGGAGGAGAAGCCAUUCUUUAUAUUAUGUAAACCAAAACUAUUGCCCCUAAAGUCGAUGACUUUGGAGAAGUUGGAGAAAAUGCAAACCGACGCCGAAGAGAAAGCCAAACAACUGAUGGCUCAAAGCGAUCCACAAUAA